AAAAAACGUUCAACGGUGGUCCUUCAUUGGUCCAAUACGUUGUAUCAUUGGUCCAAUGAAAGUCCAAUCAAUCGUUCAACGGGAGGCCAACACGGGUCCUUCGUUUGCCGAUUUUGAAACAGACCGUUGAACCGAAUGCCAUUUUUUUCGUUCAACAAACCCGGCAGACAGAGGUCCAUUGUUGAGCCAUUUUUAACAUGAGGAGUUGGAGCCCCGUUGGACUAGUUUUACUGCAGAAUUUCUGAAGUUUUCUCCACUCAUUUGUUUAAACUAACAAUACAUACCUGCACAAUACUUCUACUUCACGUAGAAUAACAACAAAUUUUCUUUCUAUGUAAAGGUAAAACUUAAUUUUCACACUAUUUUUGCAAGAGAAAAAACAACAACAAACCGUUCCAGCAAAUUGAACGAAUAUUUCGUGCAAUAUAUCGUUCAACAAGCGAUCAAAAAUCAACAAAAUUGAACGGCCUGCUGAGAGGGUUUGUUUAUGAUGAUUUCUGCCGGUUUUCAAGUCGGUUGACUACAAUUUACGCAAUAAAAUGUAUAAGGCUAACAGCGUAGCGAUGAAAUCGAGUCGUUUAAUUCUUAAUUGAUGCAUUAGAAUUUUUUAUUUGAAGCAAACUGAAAACCGUCUAAAAUGUUUGUGCUAGCAGAACUUAAAGAUACUGUGAGAAUUGCUCCCGAGUUAUUCAACUUGAAAUUGCCAGAAGCAAUCAAAGAUGAAAUCAAUAGGAAGCUUGCAAACAAAGUUCUUUUAAACAUUGGCUUGUGCAUUGCACUUAAGGACAUUGUAAAGCUUGGUGACUCUAUAAUUCUUCCGGGCGAUGGUGCUUCACACACAGAAGUAAAUUUUCGCUACAUAGUUUUUAGGCCAAUGAUAGGUGAUGUGAUAACUGGUAAAAUUCGUAGCUGCAGUCGAGAAGGGGUGCAUGUCACUUUAGGAUUUUUUGAUGACAUAUUAGUACCUCCAUCGGCUCUGCAACAUCCUUCCCGUUUCGAGGAAGCUGAGCAGGCUUGGGUGUGGGAAUAUCCGCUAGAAGAUGGAAAGAAGCAUGAUCUCUAUAUGGACAUCGGCGAGAACAUUAAAUUUCGCGUUUCGGGUGAAGUUUUCGAGGAAAGCUCGCCAAUCGGUCCACCGGAUCAGGAAACACCUAGCACUAGUACUACUACGACGGAUACGAAUAAGACUCCAUACAGAAUUGUGGCAGCCAUCAAUGAAUCUGGAUUGGGGUUACUUUCCUGGUGGGUAACCCAAUCCCAAGAAGACGGUGAUGAUGAACAAGAAGUAGACGAAGAAGAAAUGGACGAAAACGGUGAAUAAAAAACGUUAUUUGUCUGCUUUCAUAA